AAUACAGGUCAGUGAGUGACUAUAUAAUGUGUCGACUGUAAUCGUGUACUUCUGUAACAGCAAACAUGAGUGUCAACUUCGUAGAUUAUUUCGCCAGCGAGCACAAUGGAUACGAUAUUUUAUAUCAAAACAUGAAAUACGGGCUGAUGGCUAGCAAAGAGUUCUCAGACUACCUCAGAGAAAGAUCAAAUAUUGAAGAAUCGAAUUCGAAAUUGCUGUCAAAGCUAGCGAAACAGGCGAACAGCAACUGCGCUCAAGGCACUUUCGCCCCCUUCUGGGGCGUGCUAAAAUGCUCUGCUGAGAAACUGUCCAAUUUGCAUCAGCACAUGUUUCAGAAAGUGAGUGAGCUGGUCAAAGAUGUGGCAAGGUAUGCUGAAGAGCUGAACAAGAAGCAUAAAGCGGUGAAAGAUUCAGAGUCUAGUACUCUAGAAGUGGUUCUACUUAUACAAAACACUAAACAAGCUCUACAGAAAGCAAAGGACUUGUACACAAGCAAGGGGGCGGAUCUAGAAAAGCUUCGCAAAGAUAAUGCUUCUGCUAAAGAUAUAGAGAAGGCUGAGGUCAAAUUUAAAAAGCUUCAUGAUGACUACAGGCAAUUAGUUGAAAAAUAUAACAUAGUGAAACAGGAUUUUGAAAAGAAAAUGACACAAACAUGCAAACAUUUUCAAGAUGUGGAAGAAGCACAUUUAAAACAAAUGAAACAGUUUGUGAAUGUGUAUGCUGACAUUAUACAGAAUAACCAUGACCUCAUGGGUCAGGUGCAUAGAGAUUUCAAACAUCAAUGUCUUGAGUUAACAGUUGAAAAGCUAUUAGAACAGUUUAUCACUGAUAAAUACAUGGCAAUAGAGAAGGCAAACUUAGUAGAGCUGCCAAUGUCUUUACCUAAACCAGGUUCAGCUAACAACUCAAUAUCAGAAGCUGAUCAGAUAUCUACAGUAUCUAAUGGGUCUCACAAGCCUGCACAACCCCCUAAAGCAGCUAAGAAAGAGAGCCAAUCUUUUGCCAGUAAGACCUCUAGAAGGACCACAUCUCUAUUAAACCUGUUCACACCAAAUUUCCAAAGUAAAGAUGAACCGACCGGGAGCAUUGAAGGUGCCGCCCCUUGCUCUGCCCCGUCUAGCCCCAGUGGAACUCCAGCCACUCCUGUAGCCCCUGAUAAAGAUGCAGACAUGGGCCGCACAACACUCAGAGAGUCCAAAUGGUUCCGCAGCAGAAGAACAAAAACAAAACUGAAAAAAUCAAAAAAGAAAAACAGUGACAUUACUGAAAAUUCCAAUAUGGGUGAAAAGUCUGACUUAGAAGAAAAAAAGAAGAAGUUCCAGCAAAAGGAUCUGAUGAACUCUCCUGAGGUAGAUGAUGAAGGUUACUGCAUCAGACCUAAAGAUGAGAAAGGUAGCGUUUAUUCUUCAUCAGAUACAGACUCAGAAGAAGAGAGAGAGCAAAAGAUACAUGUAGAGAUCAAACCUAUUAGUAAUGGUAGUGCUCCUAUGUCGGCAAGUGUAGACGAGCUUAGAGCAACUGUUGAAAACAUCUCCCUGUACAAAAUUGGAACAAAUACGAGGCGCAGUUCAAACGCUAACGCAAGCAAAGCCAGCAGUGACUUAUUAGACUUGAACUUUUUUCAGAGUCCCUCAGCCAGUAAUCCCACCUCUCCCCAUGGUGUGUCAAACCCAUAUGCGCCUUUACAAGCUAACCAAUCACAACUCUUAGAGAGCCCUACUCCAGUAUCCACAGCAGAUGUAGGAGACCUGUUUUCAGAGGUUGGAGAGAUGAGCCAAAGUAAUAUUCGAACAUCCACACCUACAAUGUCGUCAAUCUCACUCCCGCGGCCACCUUCAAGGCGAUCAGAGGGAGAUUUCCGAACAGCUGGCUCCUCAGGGUCCCGAGGACCGUCACCUCUCACCAUAGGCAUGGCUGAUACAAUACCUUUAGCUGUAGCCUUCCAUGAGAUCAUACACUCAUAUUUCCGAGGUUCAGAAGAGUCUAAAUGCCAAGUGAAAAUGUCAGGAGACAUGAUGUUGUCCUUCCCAACUGGCAUAGUCGGCGUGUUAGCUAACAACCCCAACCCAGCGAAGCUCUGCUUCAGACUGAAAAACAUCCACAGACUAGACAAUGUCCUGCCUAAUAAACAGCUUAUUAGCAUCAAUGCUAUGAUGUCAACUCGUGACACAACAGUUGUAGAAUUUAACAUGCCAGCAUUAACUUCUCUGCUUAAACGCCAGUCUGAAAAGAACCCCACAGCUCAAUACUUCAAUGUUGAUAUAUUGAAAUAUCAAAUACGUCCAAAGGCCGGGGCGGCGUCGUGUCCAUAUCAACUAGUAUCAUACUGGAAAUGUGAGAAAGAGCAUACAGAUCUAAAGGUGGAUUACAAGUAUAAUCUCCAUGCCAUGAGCCCACCUUCUCCUUUGCUAAACGUAUCUGUGUGCGUGCCGAUGGAUGGAGGUGUGACAAAUGUUAUAGCUAUGCCGAAUAAUACUUGGAACGCGAAAAACGAGCAAGCUCUAUGGCGAUUUACUGAACUGUCCCAACAUUCUGAGGAUAGAGGAGUAGGGUCUUUAAGAGCGAGAUUUGAGCUGGAGCAUGGGCCUUCUACAAAGGCUACGAUCUCUGCUCAGUUUAAUUGUGAAGGCGCUACACUUUCCGGCAUAGAGUUUGAGCUGAUAGGCAGCGGCUACAGACUUUCUUUGGUCAAACGCCGCUUUGUCUCUGGCAAAUACAUUUGUGAUAGUGAUAUUCACUGAUUGGUCCAAUCCCUUAUGAAUGUUUGUACAUACUUGUAUGCGGAGUGCGUAGAUUUGACUAAGCUCGUACAUGUUCGGUACCUUAUAGGAUUGUUUCCUGUCCACUUGAAAUGAUUUCAUAUAAUUUCCUUUUAAAUUACUUGUAUUAUUAAACUACAUGUUGUAUUAACUUUUAUAGUGGUUAUUUAUGUUAUGAUUGAUAAAAUUCUGAGUUAACUAAAUUAUAUUCAGUAUGAUUAGAGAAGUGCCAUUUUUACAUUACUUGCUGAAUUAUGAGACAAUAGUAGUUUUACUGCAGGCUUUAAGAUGUGUACCUCUUUUUGUUUAUUUCUAGUAUGCAUCACAAAGUUUUGUUAAUAAUAUCUAAGUUUCUUUAGUAAUUCCUCUUUAAACCCCAACAAGAAUAAAACCAAUAAUAGAUACAUUAUAAAAACAUACUUUUAAAAAUAGUUAAAGUUUUAGUUUUAUUUACUAUGAUAUCUUAAUUUGAACUAAAAAAUACUUUCAAAACAAUAGUGCUGAAUUUUAAGGGGUUUCAGUGGACAACAUUAUUGAUUUUAUUGUUAGAUGGUAGUUUUGAAUUAUAAUUAUAAUUUUGUAGGGGCCUAAAUGAAUGCAAUAAAUAUUAUAUAGUUAUUGAUAAAUUUGACUAACAAUGUGUAUUAAGGUCACAGAAUUAAUAAAUAAAAUUUAUAAUUUUCUUUAAUUAUUCACAUAUUCUGAGAAUUAUAGAAUAACAGAAAUAUUGCAAAUAAUAGAAUAUCUAAAUUUUUCAAUAUGGCCUUGAUUAAUCAACUUUGAAUUUGAUUGAAUCUCAGAUUUUUUGAAGCAUUAUACUUUAAGGAUUAUAAUAAGUCAGCAUUUAGUUGCCAACCAGUGCAUAAAUAAUUAAAUAUAUUUAACCGUUACUCACAUAAAUGUUUAUUUGGUAUUAUUUACUCAAGAGUAAUCUCAUAUAUUUAUGUUUUAUAUAAAAAUCCCAUUGUAAAUGUAUAAGAAUAUCACAUUUACUUAAAUUCAUGGCCUAAUGUUUUGUAUUAUUCCAAUCCAUUUAAUAAUGUUUAGCUAAGUGUUACUUUACCAAAACGGGAAGUGUUCAUAAAUAAUAACAGACUA